AUUUUGCCUUUAUAUAGUAGGCUGGCAAAUUUUCUAGUACAAGGAAGGUCUCAAAGAUGUCCGGGGAAGAAGAAGAAAACGCCGCUGAGCUCAAAAUUGGUGAUGAGUUUUUGAAGGCCAAAUGUCUAAUGAAUUGUGAAGUCGCAUUGAUUCUUGAACACAAGUAUGAGCAGCUCCAGCAGAUGUCUGAUGAUCCAACCAAUCAGAUUUCACAGGUAUUUGAGAAGUCACUGCAAUAUGUGAAGCGUUUCAGUCGGUACAAGAACCCUGAUGCUGUUAGACAAGCUCGAGAAAUCCUUAGUAGGUAUCCACUUGCUGAAUUCGAGCUCUGCGUUCUUGGUAAUCUUUGUCCCGAAACCGUUGAGGAAGGUAUUGCCAUGGUCCCAUCCAUCAAGAAUAGAGGGCGUGCACUUGACGAGGAAGCAAUUGAGAAAAUGCUAACAGACCUUUCUCUAAUAAAGAAAUUCGAGUAGCCUAGUCAUUGUGCUGGUCUAGCUAUGUGCUGCAGCACUCUGCUUCCGAGCCUGCACCUCCAUGUUGUUUCCAUGUACUUAUUAGUAGCAACUCUGUAAUGCAAAUUGGGCUCUGGCAUUCUGUUGAAAACUUCAGUUGUUGAUGGAGGAAAAAAAAAUAGGGACUCAUUUCUCUCAAGAUAUUUUUUUCUUUUGGUAGCUGCGUUGCAACCACAAUCCUUUGGUACAGACCAAAACUAUUGUUAUUUACUAAGACAUACCCGGUUUGUUGUU